GUACGUUCCUCUCAGGUUCAAGUUGAAACUUCAAGGGCAGGUUAUAACCGAAGUCAGUGUAAAAGAGUCAGUUAACGUUCAACUGCUAAGUGUGAACUGAAAGAAGAAGUAAGAGCAUGUUGAGCAGAAUCGGACAUGUUCGCAGGUGUGCAGAUGGCUUGAAUCCCUUGCUGGGCAUUUUGGCCUCAAGACAGAAGCACACACUCCCAGAUCUUCCAUACGACUACGGCGCACUGGAACCUUACAUCUCAGCUGAGAUCAUGCAGCUUCACCAUAGCAAGCACCAUGCAACAUAUGUCAAUAACCUUAAUGUCACACAAGAGAAAUAUCAAGAGGCUUUGGCCAAAGGUGACGUGACAACACAAGUAGCCCUUCAGGCAGCACUGAGGUUUAAUGGUGGUGGUCACAUCAACCACACCAUCUUCUGGACAAACCUGUCUCCGAAUGGUGGAGGAGAACCACAGGGUGAGCUGAUGGAGGCCAUUAAGCGUGAUUUUGGUUCAUUCCAAAAUAUGAAGGAGAAAAUGUCUUCUGCUACUGUGGCGGUUCAGGGAUCCGGGUGGGGAUGGCUGGGCUUCGAUAAGGAGAACAAGAGGCUGAGAAUUGCUGCGUGUGCAAACCAAGAUCCUCUGCAGGGAACCACUGGUCUCAUCCCACUACUUGGCAUUGAUGUCUGGGAACAUGCAUACUAUCUUCAGUACAAAAAUGUCAGACCUGACUAUGUUAAAGCCAUAUGGAACAUUAUAAACUGGGAGAAUAUUAAUGAGCGUUUUCAAGCUGCCAAGAAGUAAAAACAUCACAUAAUGAGAUAAUAGAGAUGUGAUGGUUUCAAAACACACAAACAAUACACCACAUUAUUAAUGUCAAAUUACAUAACAGCUAGUAAAAGAAGAGGUAUGAUAGAGUUGGCUUUGUCAAAAUAAGCGCAGUUUAUCUGAAUUUCCUUGACUCUCAAGUCACUAAGAUGAUGCAAGUUUGUUGAUGCAGUAUGUGUAAUUAAACCAUUAUUUAAACUAA